GCAACUGUAAAGGUCAAUGAAGGAGUCGGCUUGAAAAUAAUCUGUAGAUGUUGAGACAUGCGCAGAUGCGGGAUGAUGCCAUAUUGGACACACACACACACACACACAUACACACACCGCUCCUGCUUCAACCAGAACACCGGAUCACUCAAUUCGGAUAGACGGAAAAAAACUCGCAUAAGGCAUGGAUUGUGCAGAGGAGGAGGUGGAUUUUAACUGGGAGGAGUACCUCGAAGAGACUGGAGCCACUGCCGCACCUCACACUUCAUUCAGACAUGUGGAGCUCAGUCUUCAGAGCAGUUUUCAGCCUGGAAUGAAGCUUGAAGUAGCUAAUAAGGGCAGUCUGGAUACAUAUUGGGUGGCCACCAUCAUAACCACAUGUGGUCAGUUGCUAUUGUUACGCUACUGUGGCUAUGGAGACGACCGCAAGGCUGAUUUCUGGUGUGACGUCAUGACAGCCGAACUUCAUCCCGUCGGCUGGUGCGCUCAGAACAACAAAACGCUUCAGCCCCCUGAAGAUAACGUUUACCUCAGAGCAGCUAUUAAAGAGAAGUACAGUGACUGGGCCGAGUUUCUUAUCAAAGAGCUCACGGGUUCACGGACGGCACCGGCUAACCUUCUUGAAGGGCCAUUAAAAGGUAAAAACACAGUGGAUCUGAUCGUGGUAGGCUGUGUUUUGGAAGUGCGUGAUGACUCCGAACCUAGCGUGUACUGGGCCGCACAAGUCCAGUGUAACGUCGGUGGGCGUUUAUGCCUCAGCUAUGUUGGAUUAAAUGACCCCGCCCACUACAGGUGGAUGUUCUACCUUGACAACAGGCUCCGCCCCCUGGGAUGGGCCAAAGAGAAUCAUUUAUCAAUGAAACCGCCCACAGAUCACUGUGAUUUGAGGAGCAGCUCAGAAUGGACUGAAGCUUUAGAUCAAGCCACAGCUGAAGCCUUAAACAGUCCACUUCCACUGGAGGUCUUCAAGGAUCAUGCUGACUUAAACACACACUCCUUCAGGGCAGGAAUGAAGCUUGAAAUGGUCUCACCAGUGGAACCCUUCCACAUUCUCCCUGUGUCUGUAACUAAAAUCUACAAUGAAUACUACUUUCAGAUCACAGUUGAUGACCUCACUGCCGAAGCCCCGCCCACUUGUGUGGUGUGUCACGCUGACUCACCGGGCAUCCUGCCAGUCCAGUGGUGCCUGAAGAAUGGUGUUGGACUGGAGAGGCCACGGGGCUUUGAGUCACAGGACUUCAAUUGGGCGGACUAUCUCAAACACAGUGGCACUGAAGCCGCUCCAGAUGUGUGUUUCCCAAACGCUUCUCAAAGCAAGGGCUUCUGUAAGGAUAUGUGGCUUGAAGCCGUGAAUCCACAUCAACCUGCUGAACUCUGUGUCGCUCGUAUCACUCAGGUCAAAGGUCGUCUUCUCUGGCUCAAACUGGAAGGUCUGACCAAGCCGUUACCAGAUUGUAUAGUGGAUGUUGAGAGUAUGAAUAUCUUCCCUGUGGGCUGGUGUGAAGCGAACGGCUAUCCAUUAACACAUGUACAAAAGACUGUCUGUCUGCCUCAGAAGAAGAUUGCUGUUGUUCAGCCUGAGAAACAGUUGGUUCCCUCACAGCCUCCUGAUGCCCAUCUGUGCCCAUCCAUGGCCAUGGAUACAGGUUUGGUGAAUGGAAAGUACUGUUGUUCUCAGCUCUUCAUCAAUCAUCGCUGUUUCUCUGGUCCGUAUCUCAACAAGGGCCGAAUCGCUGAGUUACCAAAGGCCGUGGGCCCCGGAAAGUGUGCUGUAGUCCUCAAAGAGAUUCUGACAAUGUUAAUAAACUCGGCAUAUAAACCCGGCCGUGUGCUCCGAGAACUACAGAUGGUGGAAGACCCACAGUGGAACUGUCAGGAGGAAACCCUGAAAGCCAAAUAUAAAGGGAAAAGCUAUCGCUCCACCAUGAGAAUCGUCCGAACAGUGGAUCAAGUAUCGGAGUUUUGCCGUCGAGUAUGCGAGAGACUCCAGUGUUGUCAGAAUCUUUUUGGCCCAACAUACGUGUCCGACACUUGCCCUGAAAACUGCUCCAGUCAGACCAAGACCAAAUACACAUAUUACAAGAAGAGGAAAGUUGGUCGCCCAAGUUUAGGAGAGAAUGCUCAGGACGGUGACAUGACCAAACCAGCACGACGCCGAAAGAAACGCAAAGCCAUCUUUGUCCAGAAGAAACGGCGCUCUUCUAUUGUGGGAUACCACACCACAGAGUCACCUCAGGAUAGUGAUUAUUACUAUGAUGAUGAAGAUGAGGAUUUUGAGGAGUGGGGCAGUGAGGCCAGUUCCAACUCGCUCCGUGAGGAGGCCUCUGCCCACUCGUUCCAGGACGCCCCGAGGCGAGGAAGACCUCCCCGCCGCGCUGCUCUUCAGCGCAGGGCGACCCAUCCGGACACCUCCGACAGGUCCUCUCCCAGAAGAACCACACGCUCGCUUUCCUGCAGCCAGAACCAGACGGCCAACCACACAAACACAAAGACGGAGAGUUUUGAAGAGGAAGAUCGUCUGGUGUUGGAGAGGAAUCCUUUGGAAUGGAGUGUAUCUGAUGUGGUUGAGUUCAUCACGUCCACAGAUUGUGCCUCACUAGCAAAGAUAUUCCAAGAGCAGGACAUUGAUGGACAGGCCUUGCUGCUGCUGACACUUCCUACAGUCCAAGAAUGCAUGGACCUUAAGCUCGGCCCCGCCAUCAAACUCUGCCAUCAAAUCGAGCGAGUCAAAGUGGCCUUCUACUCCCAGUACGCUAACUAAGCUAACCUUUAGCCUCGGCGGACGCAGACCGACAGACACCUAUGAUACUCAGGGGAUGUAAGGAGUCGUUCCAUCCAUCAGGAAACCUCAGGUUGCCUCAUACCGAAUGGAUUGGAAUAUGAGAUUGAGUCAAGGAAUAUGCUUUCCCUGCAAAAGAAAGAAGUUUAAAGGUGAAGGCUGCGGGUCUAGCUGGUCUCCCAGCCUAGUCAAACUGGUGUUUAGUUGAUUUAGCCGGUUGGCCUGCUGGUCAAGUACCCAAAACCUCUCUAAAGCCAUCUAAAUAGACCAGACUAACUGGUCUCAGCUUCAAGAGUUUCGUUUUUCAGCAAGGUGGUGUGCUGAAUCCCUGAAGAAGACUUACCAAACAAGUGGAGGUUUAGGUUUGGUUCCGGAAGAAAGUCUCUAUAGGAAGAAGACAACAAGAGGGAACGAGAAUACGUCUAAACUGUGAAAAAAAAACAUCCAAUCCCUGAGUUCACUGCAGAACUAUCUGAAAUCUUUCAAGACCAAAUUAUAUUUAUAAUGGCCAAUUAUAUAUGAAGUAUUAACUUCGGAAGUGAACUAAUAUAUUUGUAAUAUUUAUUUUGUUCUGAUAAACUAUUUUUAUAAAGUUUGUCGUGUUCGUCAGGUGAGUGGAGAUUUAACACCUUUAAAUCUGCUUUGGGCAACUUGGGCAUUAUGAAUUACGGACUAUUAUUGAUAUCAGGACUGCUAUUUGAUAUAAACAUACUGUGUGUGUAUGCUGAGAUGUACAUAUAUAUGUGCAUGAAUGUUGGCUGCAUACAUAACUAUACACACAUUUGUUUUCCCAAACGUACAUGCCUUGUAACGCAUCAUUUGUUUCUCUUUAGAAUACAAGGGAGAGUGAAUUUUUGAAGAGUUGCCUUUUGUCAUGGCCUAUCUAUAUUUUAUGUAAAUGUGUUAUUGAUCUAUGCAACAUUGGAUGGUUUCUAUAUAUUUUUUUUUUGUUAGUAAACGCUUUCAUAGUGAUAUAUUUUUUACUUCUCUGUUUUCUGACACAGUUGGAUCACUUCACAAGUAGAAUGUAUUCAAAUUUGAUUAACUGCUAUUGAAAUAUUGUCUGCAAUCAUAAACUUUCAUUUCCAUUAUUGCAAUAAUGAAAAAUUGCAAAUGUUU